AUGGCCGAUGGAAAUGACACUGCAGUAUCAGAGUUCAUUAUUUUGGGAUUAACGGACAAUUUCAUCCUCCGUAUCUUUCUCUUCAUAUUCUUUCUAGUGGUUUAUGUUGUCACUGUACUGGGCAAUUUCAGCAUUAUCACAUUAAUCGGGGUAAGUUCCCAACUUCAUACAUCAAUGUACCAUUUUCUGAGCCAUUUGGCUUUCAUUGAUUUUUGGUAUUCCUCAACUGUCACGCCAAAGAUGCUCCAGGGCUUCUUGGUGGAGAGAAACACAAUAUCCUUCUCUGGCUGUGCUGCCCAGCUCUGUUCUGUCUUUGUCUUUGGGACCUCAGAGGGCAUCUUGCUGGCUAUGAUGGCAUAUGACCGUUACGUGGCCAUCUGUAAUCCCCUGCUCUAUGCCAUCUCUAUGUCCAAUAAGGUCUGCAUCCAGCUUAUAGCUGCUUCCUAUUUGGGGGGCUGUUUAAAUGGUGUGCUGUUUACCUCUUUUGUAUUUAGUUUAGCCUUCUGUGGACCCAAUGAGAUCAAUCAUUUCUUUUGCGAUGUCCCCGUCUUAAUGGAACUUUCCUGCUCUGACAUUCAUCUGAUACAAAUUAUUUCUUCCAUCUCUGCUGCCAUCAUUAUACUGAGCACCGUCCUAACCGUACUCAUCUCCUAUGUAUACAUCUUAAUUACCAUCAUGAGGAUCCAGGCAAGCGACGGGAGACAGAAAGCUUUCUCUACCUGCACCUCCCACCUGACGGCCGUUAUUCUAUAUUACGGAACCCUCGCAUUCACUUACAUGCAGCCUAGUUCCAGCCACUCUCUGGAGCGGAAUAAAGUUGUGUCUCUAUUCUACACAGUAGUGAUCCCCAUGCUGAAUCCUCUAAUCUACACUUUGAGGAACAAGGAUGUGAAGGGGGUCGUAAUUAAGAUAAUGGGUAAAAAUGUUUGUUCUUUGUAA